AUGAACGCGAGUGAAUUCAGGAGGAGAGGAAAGGAGAUGGUGGACUACAUAGCUAACUACAUAGAAAGCAUCGAGGGCCGCCAGGUGUACCCCAGCGUGGAGCCCGGCUACCUGCGCCCCCUGAUCCCCAGCUGCGCCCCCCAGGAGCCAGACACGUACGAGGACAUCAUGGACGACGUGGAGAAGAUCAUCAUGCCAGGGGUGACCCACUGGCACAGCCCCCGCUUCUUCGCCUACUUCCCCACGGCCAGCUCGUACCCGGCCAUGCUGGCCGACAUGCUGUGCGGGGCCAUCGGCUGCAUCGGCUUCUCCUGGGCCGCGAGCCCGGCGUGCACGGAGCUGGAGACGGUGAUGCUGGACUGGCUGGGGAAGAUGCUACGCUUGCCACCGGCGUUCCUGGCCGAGGAAGCGGGCGCCGGGGGUGGCGUGAUCCAGGGCAGUGCCAGCGAAGCCACCCUGGUGGCCCUGCUGGCCGCUCGGAGUAGAGCCACGCGCCAGCUGCAGGCCGCCCAGCCGGGGCUCCCAGAAGCCGCCGUCCUGGAGAAGCUGGUGGCCUACGCGUCGGACCAGGCCCACUGCUCCGUGGAAAGGGCCGCGCUCAUCGGAGGAGUGAAGUUCAGAGCCAUCCCUUCAGACGGCAAGUUCGCCAUGCGGGCCUCCGCCCUGACGGGGGCACUGGAGAGGGACAGAGCUGCGGGGCUGGUUCCUUUCUUUGUGGUGGCGACCCUGGGGACCACGUCCUGCUGCUCCUUCGACAGCAUCUCAGAAGUGGGGCCCAUCUGUGACCGGGAAAACCUGUGGCUGCACAUCGACGCCGCCUACGCGGGCAGCGCCUUCAUCUGCCCCGAGUUCCGGCACCUUCUGGACGGCGUGGAGUUUGCAGAUUCCUUUAAUUUUAACCCCCACAAGUGGCUCUUGGUGAAUUUCGACUGCUCUGCCAUGUGGGUGAAGAGGAGAGCAGACCUGACGGGGGCCUUCAAGCUGGACCCCGUGUACCUGCAGCACAGCCACCAGGACUCAGGGCUAAUCACUGACUACAGGCAUUGGCAGCUGCCGCUGGGGCGCCGGUUCCGCUCCCUGAAGAUGUGGUUUGUUUUCCGGAUGUACGGAGUCACGGGACUGCAGGCCUAUAUCCGCAAGCAUGUGCGGCUGGCUCAGGAGUUCCAGUCCCUGGUGAACCAGGAUCCUCGCUUUGAAGUCUGUGCCGAAGUCACUCUGGGGCUCGUCUGCUUCCGGCUGAAGGGUUCCAACACGCUGAAUGAGCAUCUUCUGGACAGAAUAAACAGUGCCAGGGAAAUCCACCUGGUCCCCUGUCGCCUGCGAGACAAGUUCGUGCUGCGAUUUGCCAUCUGCUCCCGCACGGUGGAGUCUGCGCAUGUGCAGCGGGCCUGGGAGCACAUCCAGGGGCUGGCGGCUGCCCUGCUGGAGGCUGGGCAGGCAUAG